AUGGCGACGAGGCAGCUGGCCAAGCAGCUGGGCAUUAUUCGAAGUGUUUCUAAACCCUCUCCUGGUGGCCAAAGUCACAACCAACGCAAGCUGCGGCAACUGUUUGACUACUUAAUCAUUAUUGAUUUUGAGUCCACCUGCUGGAAGGAUGGCCGAAGAUGUCAAGAAAUAAUUGAAUUUCCAGCAGUUCUCUUAAACACCUCAAAUGGAGAAAUUGAGACUGAAUUUCAUAUGUACAUCCAGCCCCAGGAACAUCCAACUCUCUCUGAAUUUUGUAUUGAGCUAACUGGAAUAAAACAGAAUCAAGUUGACGAAGGAGUUCCUCUGCAUAUAAGCCUAUCCCAAUUUUCCAAGUGGAUUCAGAAAAUCCAGAAGGAGAAAAACAUUGUUUUUGGUUCAACUUGUGCUGCCCCUGAAGAAAAAUUAUGUGCCUUUGUUACGUGGUCAG